UUGUUGUUUCUCUAUAUUUUAGCUUUUUAAUCUUUUUGUUUUAAUAUUACAUGCAAUUUAGUCUCAGUAAAUGCAUUUGAUGAGCUCUGGUUGCCUGAUUUACUUGAACAUUGUGUGCAUAAUUUUGUACAUGCAGGUGUGUGUACUGAUGUGUGGCAAUUGCUUAUUUUGCAUGUGCAGUGGGUGGGAAUCCCACACACAUCAAGUGCAUGUUAUGCAGGGAUAGUCACAAAGGGUACUCUACACUUGUGUGGACUCUUUGGAUAAUUUACUUUUUUCUGCAAUCAUUUUGCAUUAUCUAGUUAAAUAUAAGAGGAUGUUAAAAUUACUAUUUUUUGAUGCACCAGGAUAAAGCUGAGCAGAUCAUCCACUCCACCAAUAACCAAGUGUUAACUUUACCAUCACUUGAAGGACCAGUGACUGGUUCAACAAAAAGCAAGCAACAAGAGGCUGUAGGGAAUCAACGUAUGGUAGCAUUUAAGAGAAACUCUUCACCACAAAAAACAAGUUUCAGGAGUCUCUUAGAGCCAAUAGCAAUUGCAAAAGAAGGGAACAAACCAGGACCCAAUGCCCCUGCUCCUGGGAAACAGGCUAGAGAUCUUAGAAAUUUAAAAAUCCUCAGUAAUCCAGCUCAUCCGGAAGCAAGAAACAUCUUAAGUGAAAGAUAUGGUAUUGCUCUUCCAUACAUUGUGGACAAACAUGAACAACCAGCUCAGACUGAUUACAGUGAUUUUUUUAAAACAUGUUUUAAAUCUUUUGAGUGGCUAACUCUGGCAAAUUGUUUCCCUGGACAGCCUGCAGCAGAACUCACUCUCCAGCCAUCACCUGUUAAACAUCAUCAGGCUCCUCUCCAUAAAGCCCGGCAACAAUUCUCAAGGAAUACUGUGCCUCCUCCAAAGGAUUUUGUUGGAGUUGGGGGCUACAACCUCCAUUUCCUAACUUGUAUAUUAAAUGCGGAUGAUGUGGAAAAGAUUAUUAAAACGCCUGGUAGAAGAUACCUUGGUCCAAGAGGCACAGAAAUGGCAGCUGUAAAAAUACAGUCCACGUGGCGAAGAUACAAGGAUCGCUCGGCCUACCUUCUCUACCGAAAGCGGAAAUGGGCGGCAGGUGUCAUAGCAAUAUCAUGGAUUAUGAGCUGUAAAAUAUCCAUGGUGCGAAAACAGCUUAAAGCGACAAGAAAAUUACAGCUCAAAAGGUUCAAAGUACGCGCAAAGGCAUUUCAAGAAGCCUGGCCUCGUAUCAAGGAUUCUAGGAGAGUAGUAAUUCAUAUACCGUCCUUAGGAUAUGCUCAGCACAUUCGAGAUGAACUGAGUGAAAUAAAAAUUUUACAGAAUCUUCAAAUGGCCAGACUGUGCGACAUAGCCGAUCCCAAAGUCGAAGUUAUUUAUAUUAGUCCUGUGGAACUAAAUGACGAAGUCUACCAGUAUUAUUCGAAACUACUAGCAAUGAAAGCGCGGAGACUGGAAAAGAACAAUUCUGAAUCCAAAGGAAAUGGAGAGGAGGAUGAAGACAUCGAAAACCGCUACAAGAUCAUUGUACCUGAUGCUGUGAACAGAUUCCCAACUCACAAUAUGUGUCUUUCAUCCAUCUUAAAGUACAGUCCACGAACAGUGAAACGGCUGAGGAAUUUAAUCAAAGGUCGCGAUGCAUAUAUAGUUCCUGGUGUUCUUCAUAAAGACGACAUUUACUUGGCUGAUUUACUGGAUAUUCCGGUUUUGAGCCCAGAGCCCGAAGUGGCCUCAUUAUACUCUACCAAGUCAGGUUCCAAGAGGAUUUUUCUCAGCGCAAAGGUUGAGAUUCCUCCUGGCCACUUUGACAUAUACAGUCUUCCACAGCUUCACGAAAGUCUUGCUGAACUGGUAACGGAGAACCUCCAUAUUAAACGAUGGCUCUUCAAAAUGGACAAUGAAUUUGAUGGCAGAGGAACAGCUUUCUGUGAUGUCACGCCUUAUUUGAAGUGCUACUCGUGGGCCGUGAAAGAGUGUCAGCGGUACGGUGAGAAAUGGAACAAAAAAUGGGCUCAUGAACCAACCUUGAUCAGAGUUUCAGCAGAGAUACCCGAGAUUAUAGCCCACCAUGCUACUCCCGUGAGUAGCGACCUCUACCCCACAUGGGACAAGUUUCUUCAGGAUUUUCUAAAAAGAGGAGGAGUUAUUGAAGCUUGCCCUUCGUCUGACAGUGUUACAACUCUCAGUGUGGAUGUGUUAAUUGAACCGACUGGGGAGACAACAGUCUUGUCUAUGGCAGACCAGAUUCACGCCACGUCACCGUUCAGAUGUUGGGGAUACUCUGUGCCCCAGACCUCUGUGGAUCCGCCGGUACUAUGCACGGCUGCUGAUGCUGUGUCAAACGCCUGUAAACUACGGGGAAUUGUGGGAUAUUUUUCGAUCGACUUUGUGACGUUUAUUGAUCCUAAAUCGUUGGAGCAGGUUGUGUGGGCUGUCGACCUAAAGCUUAGGUACAGUGACAGUAUGGCUAUGACAAAACUUAUGCUAUAUGUGUCUGGUGGAGAGUUUCAAGCUCCACAAUCAUCAUUUGUGGUGCCAGUUAAAAAGAAACAAGAAGAAAGCGGACGGAGAAAGAGACGAAAAACAUUUGAGGAAGAGGAGCCGCCCCCCAAUCCUAAUCGUUUCGCCAUUCUUAGCACCAGACUGCUGCACAGUAACUUAAGUGUGAUCCAUUACAGCGUAUUUUUCCAAAUGUGUCGUGCUCAUGGUAUUGGUUUUGAUAUGAAGGAAAAAGCUGGUACAAUUUUCACUUUGGUGGACAGUUCAAAACGUGAACAUCUAGGAAUGUUUGUCAUGAGUGAUGAUCUGCAAGGCUCUUUAUCAACAUUUGCUCGUAACUUGUCAGUAAUUCAUCAGGAAAUCUCGGCUCCAAAUAUGCAGGGAGAGAGUAACUUUCAGGCAGCCAUUGAUGACAUUGACUCCAUCUUGGGAACAACUGAAGAGAACAAAAAAAACCCUUCAAUCCCUUGCACGAAAUCUCCGCAACUGCAUGCCCCGCGACCUAAGGAAAUGCAGCGAAUCCUCCAAGAACACCAACAGCAAAUGCAUGCCAUUGAAAAAGAUAAAAAGGAAAUGGAAGAAGAGAAGGAAAAGCAGCGACUUGCGGAGGAACAUAGGAGAUCAAGUCAGAUGGAAGGGAGAGUACAGACCGGCCAAAGUAGUGCCCCUCCUCCCACCCCUGCGGCUGGAAUAUCGCCAGCUGGCUCGACAGCGGUUAUAGAGGAAACACCAGUCACUACUAGGGCAGCCUCUGUUGUUAGUGGAGUAUCAAAUGCCUUAACCUCUUAUGAGGUUGCUCAGACGUCCUCUGGGAGCAACGUUGCAGCCGAGAGUGAGGAGGUUUCGACGGACCCACCUCACUCCUCAGGGGAUAUUUUGAAUGACUGUAAAACCCUCCCUGAGUCAGUCAAGGAACACCACAUUCAAAGAUCGUUGUCCAGUCCAUCUGGCCCGGCACCUAAAGAUAAUCUUAGGGAGGAGAAAAGAGCUCCUUCUGUAAAAAUGAAAACGAGAACGCCAUACCCUAGGGAAGAUGGCAAAGGCAAAAGGAGUUUGUCAGCCAAGAAGUGAUGUCGAAGGGAAUAGUCGUUUUGUUUGAUAAGUGAUGCAGUGCUGUAUUUAUUCUUUUACGAGGUUAAAGUCGCGAAAUAUUGAUUUUACAGAUUUGUUGAUUAUCCUGAAGAAUGGUAUUGUGAAUUUCAACAGAAAACAAAAGAAACAAAGAGAUAAAAUGAACAACGUUGUCUUUUAA